AUGGCGGAUGACUUGGGUGCUGAAGAUCCGCAAGAUCCGGCUGUGACGGAAUCUGCGGAGGGAGCGAGGGAGGCAAAAAACACGGAAGCGGAUGUGGAAGACGAGGAUCAGGGUUACUGGGAUCAUUAUGGCCCGGAUCCAAGCCUGGAGGACGCGUUUGAAGGACUCAAUUUGCAUGGUGAAGAAGAGGAGGAUUUGGACUUGUCAGGGGAGGUGGAUGAAUUGAUCAAAGAUGUUCGAUGGCUAGCGCUGUUUAGGGUUCAUACCAUGCGCCCGUUUAGUCAUGCUGCCCUACUGAACUCGAUGCGCAAUGCUUGGGCCUAUGCACAGGGGGUAACUCUCAACAUCAAGGGGCCUAACCUAUUCUUGGCUCAGUGCCAUUGUUUGGGCGAUUGGAAGCGCGUGAUGGAAGGGGGGCCAUGGCAGUUUCGGAGAGACCCGGUGGUGCUGGAAGAAUAUGAUGGAUUCACCAAUGUUUCAGACAACGCUCUUAAUAUGUUUCCUUUGUGGGCAAGAAUCAAAGGCUUACCUAAUGGGUUGACUAGGAAGAAGGAGCUGGCGGAGAGGGUGGCGAAGAAGGUCGGAGAUCCACCGUUUACAGUGGUAGUAAAUGAAGGAAAGAUCAAUCCGGCGAGCUGCCUGAGGGUUCGAGUCUUUGUGAAUGUUACAAAACCUCUUGUGAGAUUCGUCCCAAUCACUUUGAAGGAAAGGAAAAAAUAUCCAGUGUUCUAUGAGAAGCUGCCGGACUUUUGUUUCUUUUGCGGUCGUAUGGGGCAUGUUGUGGAGGAAUGCGGGGACGGAACGCAUGACCUGAGUUUAUGUGAAUGGGGGACUGGCUUCACUGGUUGGGAGAACCGAUUAGUGGUAAUACUAUGGGGGGAGAGGGGGUUGGACGAACGCAGGCAGGGGUGGAGGAGGUGCUAG